UCUCCUCUCUCCUAUUUCUCUCUCACUCCACUCUAUCCUCUCUCUUCUCCCCCCCCCACCCGCCUCUCUUUCUCUCCGCACGAUGGCCGAGAGCGACGGGGCCGUCCCCAGCAGCAGCGACGGCGCCGGUGCCGCCACCGGUGCGGACGACCCCGGCGGGUCGGAGGCCGAAACGUCGGAGCGCCGCUUUGGCGCCGGCGAUGGCGGCGGGGGCUGCGCCUGCAGAGGCCCCGUGGCUGAAACGUCGGAGGCCGUGACGGCCGACAGCAGCGACUCGGCGGCGCAGGCGACGGGGGAGGCGGACGACGGGAGGCCCGGCGCGGAUGAGGGCAUCACCCAGAGCGGCGUGGAGACGGCGGGUGCCCGUGUGGUGAGCUGCUGCCCCCGCUCGGAGCACCUCCCAGACUCCUCCUCACCUCCGUGCCCACGCCCCUCCUCCGUGUCCCAAUCCCUCCAACGCUCCUCCACCUCCUCCUCCUCCACCUCCUCCUCCACCUCCUCCUCCUCCACCUCCUCCUCCACCUCCUCCUCCACCUCCUCCUCCUCGUCGCUGGGCGUCGCCACGACUACCGCCCGCGACCCCGCGGCCCCCACCUCCAGCCACGUGCGCUCGCCUCUACGCAAGAUCAUCGAGUCCACCAUCGGCUCGGACACCCUGCGUGGCUGCGUUGCCGUGACGAGCGCUGGCGACGACGCCGGUGAGGACGACGCCGGUGAGGACGACGCCGGUGAGGACGCCGGUGAGGACGACGCCGGUGAGGACGACGCCGGUGAGGACGACGCCGGUGAGGACGACGCCGGUGAGGAGGCCGCCGGUGAGGACGACGCCGGUGAAGACGACGCCGGUGAGGACGACGCCGGUGAGGACGACGCCGGUGAGGAGGCCGCCGGUGAGGACGACGCCGGUGAGGAGGCCGCCGCGGGCUGUGCGGAGCGACUCGCCGUGCUGCCGUGCGGCUCCAGCCCCGGCCCCAGCAGUGAGCGUCGUCGUCGUCAGCGUCGUCGCUUUUCCCGCCGCGUCGAUCUCGGCGACGGCCCCACAUCGACGUCUGCCGACCAAUCGGAACGCUCGCUGCCCGCGGCCGAACAAUCGGAGCGGCUGCUGUCGCCCGCCGACCAAUCGGAACGCUCGCUGCCCGCGGCCGACCAAUCGGGGCGGCCCGGGAGGGCCGCCGGGACGUCGCCGUCUCCGGCCGACCAAUCUGAGCGGUCGCCGUUGCUGACGGUCGACCAAUCGGAGCGGCCGUCGAGCCCUACGGCCGACCAAUCGGAGCCAUCGCUGCUGUUGACGCCCGCCGACCAAUCGGAACGGCCGUCGUCGAGGCCGGGGGCCGACCAAUCGGGGCAUCUGCUGUUGUUGACGCCCGCCGACCAAUCGGAACGGCCGUCGUCGAGCCCUGCGGCCGACCAAUCGGAGCGGCCGCUGCUGUUGACGCCCGCCGACCAAUCAGAACAGCCGUUGUCAAGGCCAGGAUCCGGCCAAUCGGAGCAGCUGUUGUUGUUGACACCCGCCGACCAAUCGGAGCAGCCAUUGUUGAGGCCCGGGGCUGACCAAUCAGAACUGCUGCUGCUAUUGGCGCCCGCCGACCAGUCUGAGCGGGCAUUGUCAAGUCCGUCGGCCAACCAAUCGGAGCGGCCGCUGCUGUUGACACCCGCCGACCAAUCAGAACAGCUGUUGUCAAGGCCAGGAGCCAACCAAUCAGAGCAGCUGCUGCUAUUGACACCCGCCGACCAAUCGGAAAGGCCGCUGUCAAGGCCGGGGGCUGACCAAUCAGAGCAGCUGCUGCUGUUGACGCCCGCCGACCAAUCGGAGCAGCCAUUGUUGAGGCCUGGGGCUGACCAAACGGAGCGGCCGCUGCUGUUGACACCCGCCGACCAAUCAGAACAGCCAUUGUCAAGGCCAGGAGCCAACCAAUCGGAGCAGCUGUUGCUAUUGACACCCGCCGACCAAUCGGAACAGCCAUUGUCAAGGCCAAGAGCCAACCAAUCAGAGCAGCUGCUGCUAUUGACACCCGCCGACCAAUCGGAACGGCCGCUGUCAAGGUCGGGGGCUGACCAAUCAAAGCAGCUGCUGCUGUUGACGCCCGCCGACCAAUCGGUGCAGCCGUUCUCAAUGCCCGGGGCCGACCAAUCGGAGCAGCUGUUGCUGUUGAUGCCCGCCGACCAAUCGGAGCGGCCGUUGUCGAGGCCGGGAGACGACCAAUCGGAGCGGCCGCUGCUUUUGACGCCCGCCGACCAAUCGGAACGGGCGCCGUCGAGGCCGGGUGCCGACCAAUCGGAGGGGCGGCCACCGCCGUCGACGCCCGCCGGCCAAUCGGAGCGGCCGUCGUCGUGGCCGGCCGCCGACCAAUCGGAGCGGCCGCUGCUUUUGACGCCCGCCGACCAAUCGGAGGGGCCCUUGCGGCUGGCGGGAGAAGGCGGCGACGGCGACGUUGGCUUGACGUUCGGGAUGCUGAACCUGGACGACAUGAUGGAGGUGGUGGUGGUCCGGCAGUUCCGGUGCAAGAUUUGCCCGUACAAGAGCCAGUCGCGGGACAGCCUCAUCGGCCACAUGAAGGAGCGCCACCUCAGUCCCGGCUGUGCCCAGCUGCCCCGCAAGCGUGGACGAGGCCGCCCUCGUAAGCGGCCGCCCUCACCGGCGCCGGCACUGCCGCCGCCGCCGCCGCCCCCGGCGACGCGAGGGGGGCGCCCCCCGCCGCGGGGGGCGGCCCCCCUCUCGGGGGCCGUGCCGGGCCCCGGUGACCCCGGUGACCCCGGCGACCCCGGUGACCCCGACGACGACGACAUCAUCGACGCCGGCGCCAUCGACGACAGGGACGCCGACAGUGACUACAACCCUCUGGACGAUGCCUCCCGUGGCCGCCAGGCCCCAGCGGCCCCGACCAGGCCCGGCCCCUCGCCGGGGCCCCGGGGGGCGCCCGGCGCCGCCGCGGACGGCAGGCCCCGCCGGAGGCCCGGCCGCCCGAGGAAAUACCCGCGGCUCGACGCGGCCGGGAACGCCGGGAACGCCGGGAACGCCGGGAACGCCGGGAACGCCGGGAACGCCGGGAACGCCGGGAACGCCGGGAACGCCGCCCUCGCCGUCGUCACGGCGACCGCCGGUGCCGUGCAGCAGCCGGCACCGCCGUCGACAACGCGGGCACCCCCAGCGGACGCCCCGACCCCAGGACCCCGGGGGCCGCCCCCCCUGCCGCCCCCCCUGCCGCCGCCGCCCUCCGUUUCCCAGGAUGCCGCGGGGCGGGCCGAGCGAUCGGCCAAUCGGGAGGGGGAGAGGAGGGCGCCGGUCGGGAGGGGGGUGGCGGCCGUGCCGCCGGAAGCCGCCCCCGGCGACGGGGAGGAGGGGGAGGGGUCCCACACUCCCAAGCGGAGGGGCCGCCCCCCUAAGAGAUACGGCCGGCGGGGCUACCGGAGAUACUACAACAGGUACCAGCACGGCUACCGGCCGGGCCGGCCCCGCCUCCGGCCACACCGGUGCGCCCUGUGCGGCUCGCGCUUCCUGUCGCCGGAGGAUCUGGCCUUCCACGAGGCGGCACACGACGGCCACGACCCCGAACGCUUCCGCUGCCGGCACUGCAACUACCGCUGCAAGCGGUGGUCUUCGCUGAAGGAGCACAUGUACAACCACGAGGGAGUGAAACCUCACAAGUGUGCUGAAUGCGACUACACCAGCGUCUACCGCAAGGACGUGUCGCGGCACGCCUCCAUCCACAGCAAGGACCGGCCCCACGUGUGUGACCGCUGUGGGCGUGCGUUCAAGCGCGACACGCACCUCAAGAGCCACGCGGAGCUGCACGCCCGCGGCGACGGCGACGCCGGUGCCGGCGUCGCCGUGGCGGCCGACGGCGGCGGCGCCGCGGUUUACCGCUGCGCCGAGUGUGCCGAGGCCUUCCCGGCAAAGAAGCCUUACCUGGAGCACCGGCGGCGCGAGCACCCGCCGGCCCCGCGUAGCAGCGAGUAUCCGUGCCCGGUCUGCCGCCGCGUCUACCCCAUGCAGAAGAGGCUGACGCAGCACCUGAAGACGCACAGCGCCGAGAAGCCGCACAUGUGUGACAAGUGUGGAAAGUCCUUCAAGAAGCGCUACACCUUCAAGAUGCACCUCCUCACGCACAUUGUCAGCGUCGGACACAGCAGCUACAAGUGUGAGCACUGCGACUUUGCGAGCGACAACAAGAGGGCAGUCCUCAACCACCAGCUGGAGCACGCCAACGACAAGCCAUACAAGUGUGAACACUGCCAGUACUGCACCAGCAAGGAGGACUUCCUCAUCGCCCACGUCGCCAUCCGCCACACCGGCGAGAAGCCCUUCCCCUGUGACCUGUGCCACUUCACCACCAAGCACAAGAAGAACCUGCGGCUGCACGUGGCCAGCCGGCACGGCGACGCCUUCGCCGCCUGGGUGGCCGGCCACCCCGACGAGCCGGCACGGCGACGCCGACCAUUUUUCUCCUCGCAGCAGAUCGAGGAGCUCAAGCGGCAGCAUGCCCAGCAGCAGCAGCAGGUGCAGCACGUGCAGCAGCAGCAGCAGGUGCAGCAGCUGGACGUGCAGCACAUGCAGCAGGAGGACAUGCAGCAUGUGCAGCAGCAGGACGUGCAGCAGCAGCAGGUGCAGCAGCAGGUGCAGCAUCAGGUGCAGCAGCAUGUGCAGCAGCAGCAGGACGUGCAGCACGCGCAGCAGGAGGAUGUGCAGCAAGUACAUCAGCACGUGCAGCACGUGCAGCAGGAGGACACACGCCACGUGCAGCAGCAGCAGGACGUGCAGCACGUGCAGCAGGAGGACACGCGCCAUGUGCAGCAGGAGCACACGCAGCAGGCGGGCGAGGAGCUGAAGCGGCGGCAGCUGGCGCAGCGGCACCUGCAGCAGCGUGCGCAGCAGAUCGAGGAUCUCAAGCAGCAGCUGCUGCAACAGCAGCAGCAGCUGGAGGAGGAGAAGGAGGAUGAGGAGGAGGAGAUGGAACUGGAGCAUCAGCAGGAGGUGGUGAUGGAGAGGAGUGUGGGUGAUGUCGAGGAGAUGGCCGUCGACUCCGUGGGGGGCGCCAGCGUCGUCUACCACGCCGGGGACGUGGUGGGGGGGGUCCCCGCCCCCUGCGGAGAAGCGGAGAGUGUGGACCCGGCGCAGGUGGCGCUGGACCUGCUGCUCAACAUGAGCUCCUGCAGGGAGCUGGCGCCUGCUCACUCGCCGCAGGUACCGGGUUCCGGCACCUCGACCGAAGCGCAGCAACGGCGGCAGCGUCGCCGCUCGGUGCCGGACCGGGAGCCGCCCCCUGCGGUGCCGGCUCCCGGCCAGCAGCACCGGCACCUCCACCACCAGCAGCACCUCCACCAGCAGCACCUCCACCACCAGCACCAGCAGCAGCACCUCCACCACCAGCAGCACCUCCACCUCCACCAGCACCAGCACCACCUCCACCAGCAGCUCCAGCAGCAGCAGCGCAAGGUGGUGACGCUGCACGUGGACGAGCACGGCAGCGCCGUCGUGCAGGAGACGUACGAGAGGGUGGACGACGACGACGACGCCGACGACGCCGACGGCGGCACCGGCGGCGCCGGCGAUGCCGAGGACGUCUUCGGGGACGACGGCGGCGGUGCCGGUGCCGGGCCGGUCGCCAUCGGCGCCUGCGGCGUCGUCUCGGCGCCAGCGGACGGCGGGCUGGAGGGUGGCGCCGUCGCCGCCGCGCUGUACGGCGGUGUGGCGCACGCGGUGGUGGUGAGCGGCGGUGGUGACCACUCUGAUCUGGUGAAGCCCAACGGAGCUCUCUUCUCCGGGAUCGGCGCUCACCGGGCUCACAGCACCAUGCAGAACGGCGACGAUUCCUUGCCGGGGGCGGACGCCGCCCCCUCGCCGGCGCCGGCGCCGGCGCCGCCGCCGGCGCUGAAGAAGUUUUCGUGCAAGCUGUGCGGCGUGCCGUUUGGCGGUCGCGCCGAACUCGAGGCCCACAAGAGGGCCCACGCCGGGACCCUCGGGUUCAAGUGCCCCCACUGCGGGUACCAGCACGACGCCUGGGACAACGUCAGGGAGCACAUGGCGUCCCAUGCCAGCCUGCGCCCACACCGCUGUGGGCAGUGCAGCUUCGCCUCCAAAAACAAGAAGGACCUGCGGCGCCACCUGCUCACGCACACCAACGAGAAGCCCUUCGCCUGCGACGUGUGUGGACAGAGGUUUAACCGCAACGGGCACCUCAAGUUCCACAUGGACCGCCUGCACAGCAGCACCGACUCCGCAGAGAAGAAGCUGAGGACACAAACAUUCCUGCUGACCGCCACAGACGAGGCCAUCCUGCAGAGCCUGCAGGCCGCCCAGGGCCCCGCGGGGUUGGAGGGAGCUGCCGACGGCCUCGCGGCCUGCGACCACCACCACCACCACCACCACCACGUCGUGGUGGAGCAGGCUACCGGGGCCCUGGAGCAGGAGCAGGCCGCUUUCAUCCACCACUUCACGGCUGACGGCCCCAACAUCCAGCAGCUGGUGACUGCAGACAACCGGGUGCAGUACAUCAUCUCUCAGGACGGGGUGCAGCAUCUGCUGCCCCAGGAGUGCAUCGUGGCGGUGCCCGAGGGACAUCACAUACAGGUGCUGCAGGAUCACCAGAUUCACCACAUCCAGUAUGAACAGGACAUGGAGGGUGGAGGCCACAUCGAGUUUGUGCCGGUGCCGGUGGUGCUCCCGGAGGAGGAGGAGGAGGAGGUGGCGGCAGCGGCGGCGGCAGCGGCACAGUCGGCUGUGUCCGCGGCUGCAGAAUCCGCCUCGGAUCAGCCGCCGGACCUCUACGUGGCGGAGAUCGCCGGCGCCGGCGAUCCGCUGUGCCGGGCCCCGCGCUACGCCGUGCCGCCAGGAGGAGCCGUCGCCACCUACGCGGCAGAAGAUCGGUGACCGCAUCCCCCCGCCACCUUCGCGAGGCCGCGGUGCGAACCGACGGACGUCCUCGGCUC